AACCAACAAUUUUGUGAAACCAUUGGAAUACGAGAGUGAAACGCUCAACGCGGAAAUGAAGCCAUCAGCAGUCGUCGGUAGGGAUUACCGGAGUAUCUCUCUUACCUCCCCAUCAACAUCCGAUGCCCCUUCUCUCCAACACUCGUUUUGUCAGUCCAUCAGAAUCCCAACUAGAAACUCAUCCUUCAACACCAUUUCCAUCACAUCUGCUGUCACAAAACGAGGCAUAGUGUUUUGCGCAGCUGAGAGGGACUCCCCUGCAAAAUGCCUGCGCCUGAUUCUCAAUUCGCCUGGAGUACACCCUGGCCCUGCCUGUUUUGAUGCUCUCAGUGCAAAGCUCGUUGAGAGGGCUGGAUUCAACUACUGUUUCACCAGUGGAUUUUCAAUAUCGGCUGCAAGAUUGGGGUUGCCGGAUACCGGUUUUAUUUCCUAUGGAGAAAUGGUAGAUCAAGGGCAACAAAUCACCCAGGCCGUCACAAUUCCUGUAAUAGGGGAUGGUGAUAAUGGAUAUGGGAAUGCCAUGAAUGUCAAAAGAACUGUCAAGGGAUAUAUUAGAGCUGGUUUUGCUGGGAUUAUUCUUGAAGAUCAGGUGUCUCCAAAAGCUUGUGGUCAUACACGUGGUAGGAAAGUGGUACCUAGAGAGGAAGCAGUGAUGAGAAUAAAAGCAGCUGUUGAUGCUCGGGAAGAGAGUGGUUCUGACAUUGUAAUUGUGGCAAGAACUGAUUCACGACAAGCAGUAUCACUGGAUGAAUCACUCUGGAGGUCAGUGGCUUUUGCUGAUGCUGGAGCAGAUGUUUUGUUCAUUGAUGCACUAGCUUCAAGGGAAGAGAUGAAGGCCUUUUGUGAAAUCUCACCUUUAGUCCCGAAAAUGGCCAACAUGCUUGAAGGAGGGGGAAAAACACCAAUACUUAAUCCAUUGGAGCUUGAAGAUAUAGGAUAUAAACUUGUGGCCUACCCUAUUUCCUUGAUUGGAGUUUCUAUUCAAGCAAUGCAGGAUGCACUAAUUGCCAUCAAAGGAGGUCGCGUUCCACCUCCUGGAAGCAUGCCAUCCUUUGACGAAAUGAAGGAAAUCUUGGGCUUCAGCACAUACUAUGAAGAAGAGAAGCGGUAUGCUACCAGUGGCAGUCAGCUGUCUAGGGAAAGAGCCAGCAGCAAUGUGUAUGGAAUUCAGCGGAGAGUUCAAGAUGACUCAGAGCAAGGAGGUCGAAGUUUUCAAGAUGUGAUUGUUGAAGUGUUAGAUCCUAGCACAUACAAUAACUUUAAUGCAGGUGGUACAAGGGCAUCUUUUUCUGGAAUCUGGUCUCGGACUUUGCGAAUCAAAAUUACUGGAAGAGAUGGGUUCGAGAAACUUGAUGUUAGAAUCCCUGCUGGAUUCCUAGAAGGAGUCACAAAAAUUGUUCCAGCUAUGGGAGGUGUAAACUUGAAAGAGCUUUUGGAUGGUGCGGCUGAGGAAGUUGGAGGGAAGCUAUUGUUAGAUUUUAAAGACACGAUGGGUGACAGGAUUCAAGUCUUUCUAGAAUAACGGCAUGGGUGGUUUUAAGAUACUUGUAAGCCUAAUGGAAAACCAAAGUUACAUUUCUCUUGGUUAUGACUUAUGACAUUUGUUAUCCAACAAUAUUGGUGUUACAACGCUCUUGAUAAUUUUUAGAAUUCUUGGUUAUGACUAUUGGGCACGUAUUAUUUUUGAAAUCCUGACGUUACUACAUUGAGAAAUCGCGGGGGUUGGGUCAAUGGUAGUGUAAUAAAUUCGUAUCACGAAUAUGAAUAUGGUGUAUUUAUACAUACUAGGUAUAUAUGGUUAGGCAAACACUUACGUA